CACAAACUACGCUGGCAUCCUUGCACGAUAUGUCAAACUGUCAAGCAUCAGACCUGGCAGCAGCUGUCAAAGCCAGGGAGGAAAAAGAAUUUUCAAUCAUGAAGAUGGCUGACGGUUCUACGAUCCUCAGAAGAAACAGACCCGGAACCAAAGCUAAGGACUUUUCCAACUGGCCCGAUGAACCGUUCGAGGAGAUGGACAGCACGCUUGCGGUGCAGCAGUACAUUCAGCAGAUGAUCAAGAAGGACCCCUCCGGCGUGGAGCAGAUUCUGACGAUGCCCGACGGGCAGGACGAGGGUGUCUGGAAAUACGAACAUCUCAGACAAUUCUGCAUGGAAUUGAACGGGCUGGCGGUCCGGCUGCAGACGCAGUGCUUUCCGGCCACCUGCACCCAGAUGACCGCCACCGAGCAGUGGAUCUUCCUGUGCGCCGCUCACAAGACGCCAAAGGAGUGUCCGGCCAUCGAUUACACGCGCCACACCCUGGACGGGGCCGCGUGCCUUCUCAAUAGCAAUAAAUACUUUCCUAGCAGGGUAUCAAUCAAGGAAUCGUCGGUGUCGAAGCUGGGCUCGGUUUGCCGGCGCGUGUACCGGAUCUUUUCGCACGCGUACUACCACCACCGGCGAAUAUUCAACGAGUUCGAGGAGGAGACGUACCUCUGUCUGCGCUUCACCCACUUUGUCACCAAAUAUUCGCUCAUGUCCAAGGAGAACCUGAUCGUGCCGAUCCCCGAGUGCGAGCUGACCCCCGGCGAGAGUGAAGCUUAAGGCCCCCGGGUAAGAUUUCACGACGCAAACGGACGUAUUUGUUGCAUUAACGACACCCUAUCACAAACACACUCAAACCUCUUACUAUUGGUCCUCCUCUGUUCCUUUCCACGGUGAGACAGCUGCUUUCUUUGGGGUGUUUUUGAUCCUAUUUUUAAAACCUUUCCUAUAUUUAAAAACAAAUGACGAACGCAAAACGCAAAGUUGUAAUCAAAGGUAAAAACCUCUCACUAGAAAGCACUCGAAUAGAGAGAGAGACGCGAGUUGGACAGUUAAUGGACAAACACAUAUUGGAAACAGCAUUCAGCAUAUGAAAGAAAAAUAAAAUUAAAAACAAACGCGAAAAAGGGUAAAACGCGUGUAAAAUUUAAAAUAAAAAAAAGUAUUUAACGAUUGAGCAAGUAAUUAUAAACUAUACUUAUACUGAAUACAAGUAAAAACAAAACAGAAAGAGAGAUUCGGAAGGCAAGCAACAAUAACUAUGGUUUAAGAACGCAAUGAGACAAACAAAGUAGAAAGAAAACAAACUCGUACGCUAUAAUCGUCCAUCCGUCUUUGAUCCUGUUUCACCUGUUGAGAGAACGCGGAACAAGCGCGCGAACCUUCGGCGCGCGCGAGUUACCUCUUCAGGGUUGUCUAUUUUUUACACACUGAAC